CAUUUGCAAUGUUUCUUUUUCAACUUGGUGCUCUGGGAGAGCAUCCUUAUGUACUUCAACUGGAGCAUCACUGUCCGCCUGGUUGCCAUUAUUGCAGGGGGGUACGCAAGCUACAAGAUUGUGCACGCUCUAUUUUUUUCACCACUACGUCAUAUUCCCUGGCUCAUUCCUGGCCCUUGGGGCAAAUGGACAAAAAGGAGCACUAGGAUGUACGGCGACAUCUAUGUCAUUGGACCAAACGCAGUUUCAAUUUCUGAUCCGAGCGAUUUUUACAUAGGAUUUGAUACUUUUGGGGUUGAAAACACGGUUAGCGCGCGCAACCCAAAGGUGGCUUCUAUGCUUAAACGCCAGCUGGGGCCGUACUUCAAUCCUGCUUAUAUUUCCAAAAUGGAACAUGACAUCCUGCGCUAUGGGAUUCUUGGACUCAAGUCGAAAUGGGACAGCGAGUUAGCGCAGAGCUUGAGCGGCAGCAUUGAGAUUAAUUAUAACCGCGACUUUACACUCGCAACACUGGAUUCAAUAAGCGCACUGGUCUUUGGAACAGAGCCCCGAGGAUUGAAGGAUAAUGAUGUAACAGGCCGCAGACUGGUCCACGGCAUUCAUGGAGCAAUGCCACUGUUCAAGUUCUUUCCGAUCCUGAAUCCUAAGACCCCGAUGGAUGAGAGACAGAUACACGCAUCGUCAAUUGAAAUGAUGUUGGCAGGCACUGGAACGACCUCGAACGCGCUACAGUGGGCCACGCAUUUGCUGAUGUUGCAUCCUGAGAUACGUGCUAGGGCUGUGGAUGAAGUCCGCAGCAAUUUCGCAGCAGGCCAUGUCAUCACAUACGCAGAUGUCAGGAAGUCGUUGCCAUUUGUCGAGGCGUGCAUAUACGAGGCACUCCGUCUGUGUCCCGGCCACUUCAUUCCUGAAGGAACGGAGAUAUGUGUCAGCUAUUCUGCACAUGGGAAUGAGCCAUUCAAAUACGAUCCCACUAGGUUCUUGGAUAAUGACAAGUCGCGGUCCAACUUUCUGACCUUUAGUUCUGGAGUCCGGAUCUGCUCUGGCCGUCAUUUGGCGUGGGCAGAGGUGUCAACUAUCCUCGCCAACAUGCUCAAGGACUACGACUUGUCAUUGCCCAAUGAUUAUACCCACCUCGGACCAAGCGUGCUGGAUGACAGUGGAUACCCGAAACUGAUGGAAUCAGUAAUUUACGCAGUCACUACGCCAGCACAUCCUCAACGCGACUGCCGCCUGGUUCUCACCAAACCCAUGUAGCCUACUUACCAAUGUCUUAGUGAUAUGGUUGCACACCUGGAUCAGCUGCAUCCCAUGUUGAGGUCGCCCUUUGCUGUUCCCUUAUAAUCAGGUAUCCUGCUGUCCACCAGCAGCCUGACAGUUUCCCUCUUCCUUCUGAGCCUUA